GUAACUUAAUGCAGGUGUUAGACACAGUAGAAGACAAAGGCCUAGAAGCCGUUGCUUCCCACUGUCCACUGCUUGAGGAGCUCCGUGUAUUCCCUGCAGACCCCUCUGAUCCAGACGUUGUACUUGGGGAAAAUAUUGGUGUGACAGAUGCUGGUUUCAUUGCUGUAUCCCGUGGCUGUCCAAAACUUCACUACGUUCUAUACUUCUGUCGGCAGAUGACAAAUGCUGCUGUGGCUACUGUGGUUCAAAACUGCCCUAAUUUUACCCACUUCCGUCUCUGCAUCUUGAAGCCUUGCCAGCCUGACUACACGACUAAUGAACCAAUGGAUGAAGCUUUUGGUUCAGUAGUCAAGAGAUGUACUAACCUCACGAGGCUUUCUGUCUCAGGCUUACUUACGGAUUUGGCAUUUGAGUACAUAGGGAAGUAUGCGAAAAACUUGGAAUUCCUAUCAUUGGCAUUUGUGGGCAGCUCUGACAAAUCAAUGCAGUGUUUGAUGAGUGGAUGUCCUAAGAUAAGACAAUUUGAUCUAGCUAAUAGAGAAGUAAUGGAUGAAUCAGCUGAAUGGAGACUUAAAUAUGAUCAAGAGCUUCAGAAAUCUAAUGUUUGUGCCAAGGAACUCGCAGAGAUUCAAAAAAUUUGGGGGUUUUCCACAUUUGCUUCUAAAUUGGGGAACUAA